AGCAGACGAUUUUGGUAUUCCGAGAAUUUGAAGAUUCAGAUUAUUUUUUUGUGUUUCCAGAGCUUGUUUACGUGUUAUUAUAGUCACGGGCGUUUUUUAAAUGAUUUAAUUGAUUUUUAUUGAAAUAUCGUGUUGCUUUGAUUUUGAAAAUGGUAGGGAUGAAUGGGAACUCGACAGUCACCAACCACGAGUAUGGGAGAUAUGCCGCAGAAAAGGUGGCCAAAGAAUAUGUUGCAAGAGAAUAUAGCGAGUUCAUGGUCAAGUGUGGCUCAAAUCUGGAAGCAGUGUGUCAAAUUCACGAAAAUUUGAGCAAGGAAAAUGUCAGUCAGACAGUCAGUCUGGAUUUAGUUCCCUGCGAAGACAUCUCCCUAGUCGACCUUGUCCACUCUGAUCAUGAAGAGCUGAGAAAAGUUGUCCUGGCUCUGGGGCAUUUAGUCAGCGAGAUGGACUUUCUUGUUGAAGAGGGGAGGUCCUUCUACUACCCUCUCCUCUAUUACGGUGAGGGUGUGGACGAGAAAGCUCUGCAGGCUGGAGAGGGCCAUGCAUGUGCCGGGAGAAUGGUCGAAACAUUGCAAAAGUUGCUGAGCUAUGUCAACUAUUGCUACAAAGUAAUCAAAAAUAUGGUGGGCCAGCUUUCAAGAUUGUACUGCAGCUCUGGCGCUGGACCAAAAUACUUUGAGAUUGGGGAAACUCAUUUCAAAAUCAUUUUCGAAAGAAUGGGAUGUGUGCUGUCAAUCCUUGUGAAUUUGGAUUCCAUCAUUAACCGAAACAACUUGCUGAGGGAACAUGUUGCUCAACUGCAGCAUGUAGUUCGAUCCAUUCAACACAACGCCUCCAAUUUCGACACGACGCCGGAAGAUUUGCGGCUGCUGGACUUGUCGCUCGACGAAAUCACCGAGAAAACUCUUUCGGGCACGCUCUUCCUCCGAUGCAUGAACCAGAGUUUCCCCACCAGCAACAACAAAGUCUUGCUGGACGAGAUUUCAGCCAACGUCAAGGGCUUCCUCGAAGAAUUAUCGUUCCGUCUGGACAAGGAAGGCGAGCGGGACAAUUACGAGAACAUGCAAAAGUUUCUCAACAUCGUCUGCCUGUUUGUCCUGCACGCUCACAUCGGUCUAAAAGUGGACAACCGACAGCUCAAGACCAUCCUGGAUGUCGCCAAAAAUUCCAUCAUGGCCGUCCCUCUGGUCGGGUCGUGUCUGUGGUUCCCUGACCAAUUCUUGUCGCUCUAUCUACCCCGCGGAGACCGGGCCGUCGAUGCCAAAAUGCUGGAGAGUGUCGGCUCUGCCCGGUUCCAGUACGUCCGCCAGCGUUCCCAGCAGCUGGCCAAAGACCUUCAAAUGUGGAACACGAAAAUCGUCCUCUGGCUGUCGCGGCUGAGCGGCCAGCACGUCAACAGCCAAGAAGAAUUGACCAAUCAGUGCUGUUUGGUCCUGCAGGGGCUUCGCUACGUGGCCAAACUGAGCGGCGUCGUCCGUUUGAUAUUGAACCUCCACUUGGCCAUCCAGCCAGUCAUUUCCAAAGGCACAGUCAUGGCCGCCUUUCAGACGUUCGAGCUCAUCAAGACCUUGCAAAAGGCCAUCGAGAAACAGCUGACGGAUUACCCGCAGGCCUGGAUGCACCUGCAGCAGCAGCUCCGUCGUUCCGUCUCCGACGUGGUCCAGUUGGCCGCCAAGCGAUUGGCCGGCGAGAAGAGCAGCAAGAAACGUCCCCGGAAGACGGUCAGCGCGGCUCUGGCGUUGGCCCAGCGAGUCCUGAAAGGUCCCUGCACAUCAUCCCGUGUUUCGACGGCCAGGAUUUCGCUGGCCAUCGCCUGUACCGCCUUCCAGGACGAAGAAUUGUCCUUGCUGGCCCAUCGUCUUCAGAAGAUGGAGCUCCUUUCCGUUGGCAUCCGCCACCGUUUGAGUUAUCUGGCCGAUUGCGAAGUCUUUUACUGGCACAAGUCUCUCCUCAACACUUACCUGCCGGAAGCUCGUGAAAGACGCUUCGAAUCGUCACGUAUUGGACAGACUCUGAUGGCCGUCAUGGACUGUGAAUUGGCUCUGGCCAGCAUCAAGCAUCUGGCCAAUCCUCGGCAGCUGGUGGAAGGGCAUCAGAAAUUCAUCCGCCGAUCCCUGGACGUCCACAUUUUGGAGCCGCUGUGCGCCUCGGUCGAGACGGAAUUGCGGAUCCAGUCGCACGCCCACCUCCACCCGACGCCGCGCAAUCCGUUCAAAGAGUCGCCGUGUUUGAGCCAAGCGCUGGGCGACUUGCCUCUGGGCCGGCACGAGCAGCUGAGCGUCCCCCACCGGGUGGAACACUAUCUCGGCCAGACGUUCUACAAUCUGGCCGCUUUGGCCUCUCACGAUUGGCGCAAGUACGGCCAGAUGAGACUCUUGGCCGGAUUGGCUUUCAACCUGAAGCCGCUGCCCGACCGGCUGCCCAGCCAGACCCUGGAGCAAGGGCUCGACGUCCUGGAAAUCAUGCGCAACAUUCACCUGUUUGUGGCCCGUUUCGGCUACAAUCUCAACAACCAGUUCUUUGUCGAGCAGUCGAGCACCAGCAAACACUUGAGCACGAUCGGCAUCAAACACGCGGCCAAUUCCAUCAGGACCCACGGGUCCGGCGUCGUCAACACGGCCGUCAACUUCACCUACCAGUUUCUCCGCAAAAAGUUUUUCGUCUUUUCUCAGUUCCUGUACGACGAGCACAUCAAAUCGCGGCUGAUGAAAGAUGCUCGUUAUUUGCGCGAGUUGAGCCAAGGCAAAGAUUCGGCUCUCCGAUAUCCGUACGAGCGGGCCGAGAAGUUCCACAGGGGCAUCCGCAAAUUGGGACUCAAUUCCAUCGGAUUGAGUUAUCUGGACCAAUUCCGAAUACUCAUUACCCACCUCGGAAACGCUUUGGGCUACGUCAGGAUGUUGAGAAGUGGAUCCAUCCAUUGCAGCGCCGAAUCCUGUGCUCCUGUUCCGGAUUUGGCGGAAUUGGUUUAUCUCAAUGAAACUGGACUGGAUCAUCAACUGGGCAGCAGUGCCAGUAGCCUUAAAAACCACAACGAUACGAUGGACAUGGCCGAUGGAUUAUUCGAAUCCUUGGCUAAAUCUAAUCCGGCUCUCUCUAGCCUAUCCGAACUGUCCAGCAAAGCCCUGGACAAGGUGCUGGACGAUCUGGCUCAAAAUCUGUCCGAGAGUUCCGACUAUUUCAAACUGCUGGUGGACGUCUUCCGGCCGUUUUUCCGCGAUCCUCGCCACUCGCACUUGCGCCAUUUUUACGUCAUCGUUCCGCCGCUGACGGUCAACUACGUCGAACACAUCGUCACCUGCAAGGAGAAGCUGAUGAAGAAGAACAAGCAGGAAACGUGCACCUUCACCGACGACGGACUGGCCAUGGGAUUGGCUUACUGCCUCUCCGUUCUGGACCAGUGGAAGGAUUUCGACGCCCUGCAGUGGUUCUCAUCCGUCAGGGAAUUUUUCGAGCGCGAAAGGAAAAUGGCCGGACUCCAAUCGCAGGCCAGUCAGGACACGCUGAGUCUGACCCUCCACCGAUUAGAAACUUAUCGACAGGAAUUUGAUUUGUUAUUCUACAACUUGAACAGCGCCAGGAUCUUUUUCCGCCACGAACGGCCCGUUAUUCCAGCAUCUUCCAUCUAGUCUCUUUCACAUUCUCAAAACACCGUCGUGGAUCGAACAAGUUUAUUAGAAUUAACCAAUCGAAAGCGGUGAAACACUUUCAUUUUGUUUACAAUUAAUAUUAAAUACAAUGGAAAAAGGAU